GUAGGGGAGAGGGGAGGGAGAGGCAGUCAGCUGAGCCCUCCAGACCAACAACACAGCCGCCACGCACCUCUUAUUUAUUUAACUGUGGAGGCGAAUAUCGAGUGCAACACCUCACACGCAACACUGCAACACAAAGAGGAGUCCCCAUUCUGCAACACUUGUCAUUGUGUUAGGUAGCCAUGGACACGGAGACGGCCCUGCUAUGGGGGUUCCUGGUCCUCCUUCUGCUUGUUCUGGCCACGGUGGUCUUCCUCCUCGUCCACUCCGGCCUGUUCAUCAGUGUGGUGGUCAAAACGUGCAAGCCAGACAUUGGGGAGGUCCAGAUAGCGUACAAGUUUGCCCGUGGCCCGUACAAGGAGUCCGGGGCGCUGUUCACCCAAGUCCACACGCUCCUGCCUGAGUAUCGGACCCUCGGCGUGUACUACGAUGACCCGAAAGUGAGGCAGCCACAGAAGCUCCGGUACAUUGUGGGCAUCAUCCUGGGGGAGGGGCCGGAUGUAACAGUCGUCCCCGAGCAUCGUCAACUUCUCGAAGAAAAUGGCUACCAGUUCGCCACCUUUCCCGCCAUCGACCACGCCGUGCAGACCUCCUUCCCCUUCAACAGCACCGUUUCCAUCAUUGUGGCAGUGAUGAAGGUGUACCCAGCCCUGAGGGAGUAUAUCGAGGCCCGGAGUCUGUGUGCUCGUCCCUUCCUGGAGGUGUACGACAACAAGCGCUCCGAGAUCCUGUUCAUCGGUCCUCUCGCACGGCAGGAUGACUUCUACGUGCCCGAGGUGUUGCAGGAGGAGGAGGACUACAGACAGGACGACUACGAUGAUGACGCCCGCACUGACAACUCCAGCCGCUCCUGGGACGAGUCGGCGUCCUUCAUGCGAGAGGGAGGAAGGGAUGGUGAUGAACGUGGUGGUGACUCCGACGGAUCAGAUCUUGAUGACAACACCUCCACCCCCGCUUACCCUCCCCCCCCACCACUGCCAACACUCUCCCCCACCCCCACACUGCACCCCCCCUCACCUCACCCCACACCAUCGCCGGCGUCGUCAUAUUUCUCGACAUCAACUCCACCACCACCACCACUUUCAGCGCCUCAUCAUCCCUCUUGUCCCCCCCCUCCUCCUUGCCCUCCCCCCGUUCCAGAAGACACCACCACCACCACCACAACACCUGCCCCAGCCACAGCCACCGCCACCACCACCACUCCAGCACCACCCCCCACCACCACCACCACUGCCACUACCACUCCGCUGCUUCCACCGCCAGCCCCAGAGGUGGUGGACGUGGACAUCGGUGACACAGGAUCCGCCGGUAGCGAGGAGAGCGAUGCCAACACAGCCUCGUCCUUUGAGGAAAUCGACGAGAGGGAGGCUGCGGCGGCUGCUGUUGCUGCUGCCACUGCCGCCGCUGCCGCUGCUGCUGCUCAGACCGCCACUGCUGAAGCUGCUGGAAGUGCUGAGGGGGGAGGUGAGGCCAGAGAGGGGAGUGUGAGGAAGGACGAUGAUGAGGGGGAGAGGUAAAAGGGGUGUCGGAAAUGUCAGAAGGGAAGGAGGGGAAAAGUGGGUAAGAAUGAAGAAGACGGGGAGAGGAAAGGGUUAGGGAGGAAGAAGGGAAGGGAAGGAUGAAGAGGGAGAGAGAUAAAAGAGGUGUCGGAAUUGUAGGAGGAGAGAAAAGGGUUAGGGAGGAAGAAGGGAAGGAUAGGAGGGGAAAAGUGGGGAGGAUGAAGAAGGGGAGAGGUGUUGGAAAUGUAGGAAGAGACGGUUAGGUUAGCAAGGAAGGACGGAAGGGAGAGUGAGGGAAGAGAAGAACAAGGAUAGGAAACGUUGAACAGGAUGGAAGAUCGUGAAUGAUAUGAAGAAGAUGAAGAUAACUGAUUUGAGAAGGGAGUUAGACGAGAGAAAAAAAAGCCGAAAAUAUGGGAAAAGUGAAGAGAAAGUAGUGAGUUAGAAGUAGCUCGUGAGGACAGUGAGGAUGAAGAAAAGGAAGAUCAAGGGUAAGAUGAGAGGGAGGUGGAUAGUGUAAGAUAUGAGAAAGGUGACGUAAAAGGCUUGUAAAAAAGAGUUAAAAGGAGAAAAAAAGGCAGAAAAAAUGUAGGAAUGUUAAAGAGAAGUACAGACAAGAUGAUGUAGUUUAUGAGGACAGUCCAGAAGAGAGUUGAAAGGAUGGAGAGAAAGGCUUGCAAAAAAGAGUUAAAAGGAGAAAAAAGGCAGAAAAAAUGCAGGAAUGUUAAAGAGAGGUACAGACAAGAGGAUGUAGUUUGCGAGGACAGUCCAGAAGAGAGUUGAAAGGUGACGAAAAAGGCUUGUAAAAAAGAGUUAAGAGGAGAAAAAAGGCAGAAAAAAUGUAGGAAUGUUAAAGAGAAGUACAGACAAGAUGAUGUAGUUUAUGAGGACAGUCCAGAAGAGAGUUGAAAGGAUGGAGAGAAAGGCUUGCAAAAAAGAGUUAAAAGGAGAAAAAAGGCAGAAAAAAUGUAGGAAUGUUAAAGAGAAGUACAGACAAGAUGAUGUAGUUUACGAGGACAGUCCAGAAGAGAGUUGAAAGGAUGGAGAGAAAGGCUUGCAAAAAAGAGUUAAAAGGAGAAAAAAAGGCAGAAAAAAUGUAGGAAUGUUAAAGAGAGGUACAGACAAGAUGAUGUAGUUUGCGAGGACAGUCCAGAAGAGAGUUGAAAGGAUGGAGACAAAGGCUUGUAAAAAAGAGUUAAGAGGAGGAAAAAGGCAGAAAAAAUGUAGGAAUGUUAAAGAGAGGUACAGACAAGAUGAUGUAGUUUGCGAGGACAGUCCAGAAGAGAGUUGAAAGGAUGGAGACAAAGGCUUGUAAAAAAGAGUUAAGAGGAGAAAAAAGGCAGAAAAAAUGUAGGAAUGUUAAAGAGAAGUACAGACAAGAUGAUGUAGUUUACGAGGACAGCCCAGAAGAGAGUUGAAAGGAUGGAGAGAAAGGCUUGCAAAAAAGAGUUAAAAGGAGGAAAAAGGCAGAAAAAAUGUAGGAAUGUUAAAGAGAGGUACAGACAAGAUGAUGUAGUUUACGAGGACAGUCCAGAAGAGAGUUGAAAGGAUGGAGAGAAAGGCUUGCAAAAAAGAGUUAAAAGGAGAAAAAAAGGCAGAAAAAAUGUAGGAAUGUUAAAGAGAGGUACAGACAAGACGAUGUAGUUUGCGAGGACAGUCCAGAAGAGAGUUGAAAGGAUGGAGACAAAGGCUUGCAAAAAAGAAUAAGAUGAGUUGAAAGGCGAAGAAAAAAAGCUUACAAAAAAAAAUCGGACACACGACACUCCCUUUGUCACAUCUUCAGUACUUCCAGUCGCCUCAAUUCAUUUAUCUCUUUACCUAUCCGAUUUUAGCGAUUCAGCGAUAACCAAGAUGAGGAAAAAAGCAGAAAAAUGUAGGAAUGAUAGAGCAAUGUACAGACAAAAUGAUGUAGUGUGCGAAGUUAGUCCAGACGAGAGGUGAAAUGAUGGAGAGAAAUAAGAUCUAAACAGAAGGCAUGUCAGGCUAAGGCAGGAGGGAGUGACAAUCUUCCCCACACACACGCACGCACAACACAGAAACCUUCACCACCUCAAUAUUCUCUGUCGCCGAAACCAGACUUUUAUCCUGAGUUUUAUGUUAUUUGUGUAUGAUACGUUACGUUUUAUUUUACUUGUAUCUCUUUUACAUGUUUAUCUUUUAUUAUUGUCAUUGUGAAGUAGAUGAAUUUUAAGAGAUUUUACUUUUACAGUCACGCACAUUCAGAAACACACCCUUGCCUCCUGAUUCAUGUGUUAUAGGUCGGUAUUGUCAGUUCCUAAUUCCGCUCCUCACGUCAACUAAUUCCAGAGGUCAAAAAGGAGAUCAGUCGGGUACUAAUGAGCAUUUUUUUAGGUUCAUGGUACAGAAGAAGGGUCAAACUACCACCAGGGUCAUAAAACUGUCCCUAGAAAUACCCACAACUCUUAUAAAAGCCUUGUCAAAUAUGUGUGUGUGAUGGGACGCCAAAAUGUUUAAGAAUGUGGAAGUUAAAGUCUCCUCCGUUAGAACUGGAGUCCGUCAGUCAAGCACACACACACACACACACACACACACACACACACACACAGAUACCCUUCCCUUGCCUUCCUUCCUUCCUGCCUGACCUUAUCAUAAUCUACCUACACCAGCUGUUUUCUGCUUAUGCGUGGAAACUAUUUUACCCAUUGCGUUGGUUUACUAAUUACGAUGAAGGUGUUGUUUGAGGAAUUACUCUGCCAACAAUUACGUAUGUGUGAUGAGACGACAGAACAUGCUGCUAAGAUAUGCUACACUGCACACUCCAGUCCUGAUCAAGAAGGUUUUUUUUUUUGUCGUUGUUGUUUUGUUUUUUUGGAAGUAUGUGAUAGAAGCUACGAUAUUGCAACGCUCCUCCUUCAUGCUGAGUUUUAUAUGAUACUGCACACUAUGAAAAAAAUAUGAAUAUCAACCACUUUGUUCCUUAUGAAUGACGUAAUGUUCAUAUCCUGCCUCUAAAUGGGCUGUGAAAAUCUGCUCGCUCAUAGAAUCAUAUACAAACACACACUUACUACCAGACAUAUAUAUACUAUUCAGCUUAUACAUAUUGUGGUUACAGGCUUAUAAAUUUUCACUGUAUUCAUAACCAUGCGUGUAAUUAUUUUUAGUCUUCCUUUUCCAUCUGAUUCUUCAUUGUUCUUUAUCUCAGUUUCUUCAGUUCUCGUUUAUUUUCUCUGGUUCCUUUUCCGUCUGAUUCUUUAUUGUUCUUUAUCUCAAUUUCCUCAGUUGUCAUUUAGCUUCUAUGGUUCCUUUUUUUAGCUCCUAUGCAGGGUCAGUAAUGUUUGGUUAAGUUCUUCUGUAUCAAAAGGAACCCAAGAAACACGCAUUGAUAUAAGAGUUUGAAUCAGUAUCACAGUUUCAGCUCUACAGGUGAGGUGGAAGAGGACGAUAGCUUAUGUAAGGACUGGUAGUGGGAAGGAGAAAAGAUGGAUAAACUUGGAUUUGGAAAUGGAUAAAGUUUUUUUUGUUUUGUUUUGUUUUUGUUUUUUUACAUUAGAGGACACGGCUCAAAUGAAAUAAAAAGAGUACACACAAAAAAAGCCCGCUACUCGCCACUUCUAGGUUGAGAAUCUGUUGCAUCAAAAGGAACUAUGAAUUGGAUGGUAGAGGUUGUAAUAGGGACUUGAAUAGAGAGUGAAGGACCUUGGGAUGUUAGCUUGUUAGAUUGUCAGCAGAAAUUAUGUUAUUAUGGGACUUGUGAGAGAGGAAAAAGAGGUAGGAACGAAGACUAUAAACUGGAUGGUAGGGUUGCAAUAGUGACUUGAAUAGAGUGCAGGACCUAUGGGAGGGAUUAGCCAUAAAGGUUAGACACUGGGACUCAAACUUCUGGGUGAUUAGUAGAGUUAGGGAUGGUAGGUGGAAGGAACAAAACAUAAAGGAAAAAUUGUAGAUAGAAUUGUUUAACCCGGUAGCAGCGACGGGCCAAAUUUGUGUCUUUACCGUGUAACAGCGACGGGCCAAAUUUGUUGUUUUACCGUGUACCAGAGACGGGCCAAAUUUGUGGCUUUACCAUGUACCAGUGACAGGCCAAAUUUGUGGCUUUACCAUGUAGCAGCGACGGGCCAAAUUUGCUCCAUGAUAUAAAACCCCAAAAAUAGAUGAUACAUAAACUGAUUACAAAUGCGUUGAUAUAUAUUAUGACAUGGUUAGUGUGAGUGAUGAUUUUUUCCUCAUUUUUCUUGCUUAGAGGGACCAUUAAGAAACAUGAUCCCUGCUGCUACUGGGUUAAGCAGUCAGGGUGGGAGACUCUUUUAGGGGUUAAUUUCAAGGGUAAGGCAGAGUUCUUCCUCCUAUGGUAGUUCUUGUGAAGUGUGAUUAGAGCCAGUACUUUGUUGUGUGUUUUGUUUUCAUGUCUAACUUUAUUUUUGUUUUAAGAAUCGUGAAAUACUGUAUAUACUCAUGCAAAAGUUGACCCCUCCUCCCAAGGCUGUGUUUGAUUGAAGAGUAAACAUGAUCACCCAGAAAAUUAGUAAUAUCCAUGUAAUAGGAAACUCUUUAACCCUUGGACGGUGUUGGAACUAUAUAUAGGCGGUCCAAAAUUUAGUCAGUCAGUUUUGUAUGGCAGAAAUAUAACAACACUUCCAGACUGGGGUUAUAAUUCCUUUCCCUUCUGUCUCCCCGGCAUAUGACUACAGAUGUUGCGCCGACUAAAUGAAACUUUCCAACUUUCCAGACUGGGCUAGAAUCCAUACAUAGAUGAUAGUUAAAACAUCUCUUAUGUGGCGUAACUAUAUUUAUACUAUGGUCCUAAGGUCGGCAGUGACUAUAUAUAAACAAUUCAUUUUGGGGGAGCCACCCUUCAAAUACUGCCACCGUCUAAGGGUUAAAAAUGUUAAUACAAUAUGUUUGACUUUUACAUGAGUAUAUAUGUGAGGUGAUAACUUUGUAUAACUAAAAAAAUUCUCCAUUCGCAAAUCAUUAGUGUUACGAAAUGUGUUAAUAGCUGUGGAGGAAGUACUUGAAAACAAUGGAACAAGCUAUUAUACAACUAGGACAGACUGGGUUAGACUGACUUAGCAAAUCAUUAGUGAGUGUUAUGAGAUGUGUUGUAAACUAUGGAAGAAAUACUAAAAAACAAAGGAUCAAGCUAUUAUACAACUAGGACAGACUGGGUUAGACUGACUUCGCAAACUGUGGGCUGGGUGAUACAGUGAGCUCCCUUGAGAACAGGAAUACUGACUUUUACGAUUUUUUUUAACAUGUUGCCCUGGAGAGUGAUUCUAGUAGGCAGUGCUUCAAGCCAGCAACCUAUAAUGAUAACGAUACACAACUGUGGGCUGGGUGAUGCAGUGAGCUCCCUUGAGAACAGGAAUACUGACUUUUACGACUUUUUUUAACAUGUUGCCCUGGAGAGUGAUUCUAGUAGGCAGUGCUUCAAGCCAGCAACCUAUAUUAAAUGACGUUUUUAUGCUUGUGGUUUCACAGUGACCAUGAUUUUGUGUUCGUUCAUGCAACAGUUUUCCAUAUAUUUGCUGGUCAACCCAGAGAGUCCAUCCCAGCGUGACUGACUGCCCUGCGCCCUCCGCCAAGCUGGUCAGGUGUGGGGGGCGUCGCUCACCGCUGUCUGUCUUUCAUGUGCCUGCGCGGGGAGGGAAAAAAUUCUCCCUCAGGCAAAUUAUUAUCAUUAUCACAAAUGUUACUAUGGCAUUGGACAGCACCAAUACACUGUACAUAUAUACCUACAAGAAUAUUUUUGUCUUUAACUUCAACGGCAUCAUCAGGCCUAAUUAUUGCUUUUUUUAUGAAGUGGAACCAUUUUUAGAGUUGUGUUCAAUUACUGGUUGGUGGGUGAAUUAUACUUUCCCCAGUUAAUUAAAACGUUUCAUAAUUAUCGAAGUGUCGGAUGCUAUAAACGCUCGGGCAUGUCUUAUAUAGGGCAAGCUUAUAUCUCUCCGAAGGGCCUUUAUAUACGAUGCACCAACGUUCAUUUUAUCAUGUGUUCUUUUGCGGGUUGUAACUGCCUUUCUUCCUUGGUAUGUCACAAUCACACAAACUAAUCAAGUAAGCCGCAUAUCAGUGGAGCCAGUGGCCGCCAGGAGACAUUGGUGCGUACAGGUUGUUGUGUGGAAGGUUACUACUCGUUUGUGCUUCUGUGGUUUUAUAUUAGGAGGAAAUUUAAUACUGGACUAGCUACUAAGGGUAUGGAGGUCCCCCCUUUUCUUUUGGUAAUGUUAAGGCUGUGUCACUCAAGCAUAUUUUCUGGCAUUUUCUUAUUUUUUUAUUAGUGUGAGUAUCGUUGGGUGGUUACGUAAAGUCAUUCUGUUGCUAUUUCCUUUGUCUCGUUAGUCCUCAGCAUUACAAACGUGUUUUAUAUCAUACAUACAGACACAGAAAACUUCCCAUACCCACUCAGCACUCUGGUUAUCACUACAAUACAGUGCUCAUGUAAGACUAGAUUCACAAAGCAUGCGAUAAUUUGGUUAAGUUCAAUAAGAUUAAUCAUUUUAUCAUGAGAGAAAGGAAGGAGGUACACUACAUAGUUACUCAAGGGUUCUUAUACAGGUAGAAAAAUAGCUAUAGAUGCCGGAGAGCGGUGCUUGUGUGGCAGUGUCUUAAUCAUGGUACAUUUUUAGCAUCAGUCACUAAUCAUGGUAUCAAUAUGCAUGAAGUUAAAGGUAUUCAUACACCCAAAAUCAGACAGGGAUUAAGGUAACAACGUAUAAUAAGUUUUAGAGCCUCGGAGUUAAACAUAUUAGUCUUUCAUGAUACAUCGUGUAAACUGUUACUCUUAUUGUCCUAGUGCCUGUAUACACCUGUCACAUCUUGCGCAUUAAACUUUAGCAACAAAAUAAACUUAUAUAAACAC